AUGAAGAGGUUGUACUGCCUCGCGGCUCUUCUGCUCGGUCAGGGCCACCUGAUAGCCGCAGGACUGGUACUUCCGCCCUGGCCAUCCGGAACAAUUGCAAAUGCCUCGUCAGUAGCAGCGACGAAUACCGACAAUGGAGUGCUUCGAACGUAUUUUGCCAGUAAUGCUAUCAACGGGAACCUAAACACUUUUUGGAAUGACAACACGCCAGGCGAAUACCCUGACAUUCUGACCAUCACAAGCCCCAGCUACAUCAUUCUGAAUGGUGUGACACUGGUGAGCAAUCCAGACGGUGUCCCCAUCGAUUUCAGCAUUGAUACAUGGGAUGGGUCAGAUUGGAACGAAGCUGCAACCGUCACUGGCAACAACGGCACCGUUGUCAGAUUGCCUUUUAGCAACAACAUUACAACUACCAAGGUCCGGUUGACCGUCACCCAAGACCAGUAUGUCUCAAAGGGUGAAUACACACGAGUCACGGUCCUCUGGCCAGGAGUGAUCCCUCCAGAGGACUAUGCAGCCACGACAACCUUGGUUUCGACCACAUCUACCACCGCAACAUCCACUGCAACUGGAGCUCCUACCGCCACGACAACGUCUGCAACAGCAACAGCAACAACAGCUUCAGCACCAAAUCAAGCUAGCGGAUCAGACGGGUCGUCUUCAGAUUCCUCCACCGGCCUGUCCACGGGCGCAAAGGCUGGAAUCGGGGUGGCCGUGCCACUGGUUGUUAUCAUUCUGGGCCUGGGCAUAUUCUGGUUCUGGUGGAAAUCAAAGCAAAGGAAAGCUGCUGCUGCUGCUGCUGCUGUACCACCUUCUGGGAAUGCUGCCAUGGGUUAUUACAAACCUGAGGUACGGCGUGCGCCGACGGAAGUUGCGGGGAAUGCCCUCUCGGAAGCAGAUGACACAUCUGUUUCACCACCCAGAGGAGGUACGAACCAGCCGACGGUAUUGCCCAUUUAUGAAUUAAAUGGUGAUCAUGCUGCCAUCACACAUUAUCCGCCAGCACGUCCCGCUCCCGGGGGAUUUAAUAGGUAG